AUGGCGUUACCAACACACGCUUCCAAACGCUCUAUAAAAAGUUUGAAUGAAUCUUUAAAUAAAACGCCCAUGAAAAACAAAGGAUCUAAAAUACCAAAGAUGAGUGACUCGCCGAUGGCAAGGGGUGAAAAAGAAGAACAUAAAGCAAUAAAUCUUGAAGAUAUUCACAGUUUGAUUGUCACGAUGAACCAAAAGCUAAAUAAACUCGACACGAUUGAGGCACAAAUCUGCGAGAUGAAAAAAGAACUAAACGAAGUGAAGCACUCGGUAGAUUACGCACACGAAGAAAUAAAUGAUCUGAAAACAGAAAGUGAAAGGAAGGUCAAGGUCCAGAAAGAAACGUCCGAUCGCAUCGACAAAUUAGAAGCCGAAAAUAUAAAGCUACACAAUGCCGUCAUUGAUCUCCAAGCGAGAUUAAUGCGAGAUAAUCUGAUAUUUUAUAAUAUCCAAGAGAGAGAGCACGAAAAUACAACAAAGAUAAUUCAUGAUCUUCUUGAAGAGAAAAUCGGUAUGGUAAAUGCGAAAGAAACGGUCAAAAUAGACAGAUCACAUC